CUAUCACAUACUCUUUUAAGUUAUUACUGCCAAGCCAAGUAAAGACAGGGGACAGGGGACAGGGACAGCCCAUGAAUGGUCUAAGUGGACUGCCCGUGCAUAGUUUAGCCAGGGGUAAGAGGAACAGGGGGUCGUAUUAACAUCCACUCUUUCGAGACACAGGUCGCAACGUCCAAGACGACUUGGAUAACUAACUCACCGACCUUUACACCAAAAGAUCUCUUUUGAAACUUCUUCGACCUUGUUUCUUCUCGACCAAUUGUUCGUAAUUCUUACGGAAAUCUUCCCAAGCGAGGGCCCGUAUAGCGUCCACUGUCGCACGAACAACUCUGCAUACAGCCUAUCGCAAGGCAUACCUCACCUCCCUAACACCAUCAGCAUUAACAUUAGCGAGAGAGCGCUACGCUUAUCUGGAGCCGUCCUAUUUGACUGUUGCCAUCUGACUGUUACUAUCUGUGGAGUUCAUGUUUCGACUUUUCUGCACGACAUCCAGCACGACGGACCGAUCAAAAUUCCUUUUUUCUCAUCAGCAUAUCAACCUUUAAUUGGUGUUGGUGCUAUUAAGACGAUCAACCUGGCUUCCAUACAGUCAAACGACGCCGUCUUUGAUCAACACAACCCUCACGUUUUUAGUAAAAGGGUGGACGAGGCAGAGAGCUGCUGAAUGCGCGGAACCGACUUAACCAAUCCUUAAUGAGGAUAGGCAAGGGUAGAGUAAGAGAAGGGAAUCGUGAAGCAUUUUUCAAUCAUGGCGGACACAUCACGACAAUCGGCUUUUAUGCCGACGAUAAAAUGCUCGAACUGCGGGAAUCAGGUUGAGAUUUCGAUGAUGGGGGAUCAUGUCUGUGGUAGCACGCCGGCUCCGCCAGAACCACCUCCUCCACCAAUACCUGAUCUUUUAGGUAGCACGUUGAAUUCUCUCAAAGUAAAUAUGUUUGGCGGGUUCGGCCGCUCUGCUCCCCCCGCUGUCGAUACAAAUGCAGCAAAUCGCGCAUUUGCAAAGCAGGACCAACUAACUCCAAGGAGCGCCUCAACCGGAUCUCAGGCCAUCUCACCGAAGACGCCUAAUGGACGGCCUGGUGCCAGUCCUAGCAGAGAUGACUUCGGACCAGCAAUAGCUAGCUCGCCUAGGCGACCGGGCGGAUAUGGAGGAUUUGGAGACGCAGAAUCAUAUGAAGGCGAUUCUACUUAUGGCACUAGCCCAAAUAAAUCAACAAAUUUCUUAACCAGGAUGAACAGCAUCGCGCCUGGUCCAUUUGACUCGAACCGACGACCUGGCUCAAAAAAUUCCUUCGCACGAAAUAAUAGUAGGGAAAAUCUCACAGUAGAUUCGAUCGACACGAUGGAUAGGCCAGGCACAUCUGGUUCAACCUCCUCUAAAAAUAGUGCCAACCUCGCACCCCCUAGGGCACCACGAGCAAAUGGAUACGGAGGAUUCGGGGCACCGCAAAGAGACAGCGAUGAAUUCGAGCCUCCACAAUUUGGGUUUGGUAAACGUUCCGAGACUUUCCCAGAGAAACUUUUGCAAGCAAAUGAUGAAAUAUACGAAGCACCAGCACGUGCGCCCUCCGCACCUGGCCCAAGACCUGAUCGAUUGCGGAAUACGUCAAACCUCGGUGGACAACCCACAAACGGCCAACGCUUACAGCGUCCUUCAUUUGGCGCACAAGAUGCGCUCAGGCCUCCUCCACGGGGAGGGUUCGCUCGCCCGCCAACGCGAGACGGGAAUGGAAGACCUUCGGUGAAUCUUGCUGAAGAAUUCGGCGUUGGUAAUCCAUACCACGCAUCUACCGUAUCGCAAUCUUCCAGUAGCUCUGGCUAUAGUCACAUGUCUCGACCCAGUCAAGCCAGCUCAAGUACGAGUCCAGCUCGAUCAGUUGCAUCUCGUCCAGAGGUACGGCGGCCUUCAGAUACGUCCAACUUCGAUUCUUUGAUGGACGACCUCCAGGCUUCAAUGGAUUCAAUGCAACCCAAAGGACAACCACCCUCCCCUACUGACCGAUUACAAUCCGAAAAAAGCGUCGCACCGCUGCGGUCAAACGAUCGUCGCGCACCACCUCCAGAGGACCUACCAUUAGAUCCCGCUAGCCUAGUGGGACGAGACCAGAAGUUAGGUCCUCCAUUGAGGUCGCCGGUUUCUCCGGUUUCUCCCGAACACUCAGAUCGCAAGGAUCCUGCUGUUCAGACUGGUCUAAACCAGUCACCGCCAACUCGGCCAUCCCACAACCGCCAACCAUCCCGCUCUCGUGGUAACUGCAAGGCUUGCAAAUUGCCAAUCACCGGGAAAUCCAUCUCAUCGGCAGAUGGCCGGUUAACCGGGAGAUAUCAUAAGGCAUGCUUCGUGUGUACAACAUGCCAAGAACCCUUCUCAUCAUCGACGUUCUACGUUUUGAACGAUCAACCAUACUGUGAACAACACUACCACAAGCUUAAUGGCAGUCUAUGUGGAAAAUGCAACAGGGGUAUCGAGGGGCAAUAUCUCGAGGAUGAAUCUUCGAAGAAAUACCAUCCUGGUUGCUUCCGAUGUGGCGACUGUGGCACCGUCUUACGAGAUGGAUACUUCGAUGUCGAUGGCAAGGCCUACUGCGAGCGUGACGCUUGGAAGCGAAUGCAAUUCGCGGCCCAAGUGCAAAGGCAAGGACCGCCACCGGGUAUGCAAAUGUACCCGCCGCGACGACCAAGCACCGCUCAAGGACCUCCACCACCGAGAGGACUUCCCUCCGGCCCCGGUUCGAUGGGACCCGGUCCUAGAGGGCCUAGUCCACUCAACCGACCGUUCGGAUUGCCCACCGGGAACCGCCUGGCUCCUGGUCAGGCAUUAGGUCGUGGUGGCCUGGUGAGGAUGGAGAAGAGGAUGACGAGACUAGGCAUGAUGUAAACCCGAACUCAUCUCCUGAAAUUUUUUGUUUUCUGAAACGACGAUACGACUCUCUUUUGUCUCGAUCGACCGAACCCUAUGUCACUACGCAUAUUUCGUUGGCUGUGUGAUUUAUCAUAUAUCAUCAGCAUUGGAGUUCGCGGUUCUGUUCUGGGAUAGCAUUUAUCUUUUUUUCGAUCGCAUAUACCCUUUCACACUUCCAUUCGCUACUGCGAUUUGUUUAUAUACCCCUUGACGAGGUCGAUAGCCAGCUUCGCCAUUCUGGUCCAUAAUCAGUUCGGAUAUCACGAACGCAUUAUAUUAUCAUAAUUUGAUAAUUCUGAGAUGCAUCUCGAAUCACCACCUCGACGUCUCUCGGUUUUACCUGCAUUGGGCAUUGGCGGGCUUAGUGCGCUUCUGUAACGUCUUUUAAUCACUCUACGGUACGUGGGAGAAAUGUCCGGGAUGGGAUGGGACGGGACGGCAGGUGAUUACCUAGACACGAGCACGUACCUCAGACGACGCGAAUCUAGCCUUAGCUAUUCGCGUCGCCUGUUGCUAAUAGAAGGUGGAGAUAGAGGAAUAGAACGGGGACGCGAGCGACAUACACAGGGGAUGGCGGGGGAGGAUCUAGCAUGUGCGAGAGAAGGCUAGAAUACAUCUACUUUAGUCACGCCGUCUACGGCGUUCAAGACUAUCGUAGCGGUCCGCUUGGAGAGCGCGGACAGAAUAGUAAUAGUAAAUGACAAAUACGUGAAAUUAUUACGA